AUGGCUUCACAAGUGGCGUGGCUUGUCAUAGCGACUCAGCUACUUCUAUUGCUUUUACAAGUUUUAGGCGGACGAGAUUUUUAUAAAAUCCUCGGUGUUCCAAAGUCGGCUACAACAAACCAAAUCAAAAAGGCAUACAGAAAGUUGGCCAAAGAAUUACAUCCAGACAAAAACACCGACGAUCCAGACGCCGAGUCCAGAUUUCAGGAUCUUGGAGCAGCUUAUGGGGUUUUAUCUGAUGCAGACAAAAGGAAGAUUUAUGAUCGUCAUGGAGAAGAAGGACUCCAGAAAGGCGAUACACACGGAGAUCCCUUCUCAAGUUUUUUCGGUGACUUUUCCUUCGGAUUCGGUGGGUUUGGGGGCCGUGACCAGGAAGUGCCGCGAGGUGGCGAUGUGAUAAUGGAGCUAGAAGUCUCAUUGGAGGAGCUUUACAAUGGCAAUUUUGUAGAGGUAAUCCGUUACAAACCUGUUGCUAAGCCGGCUAAAGGCACGAGGAAGUGUAACUGUCGUACAGAGAUGGUGACGCAUCAGCUGGGACCAGGACGCUUCCAAAUGACUCAACAACAAGUCUGUGACGACUGUCCAAAUGUCGCCUUUGUACCAGAAGAGAAACUUUUGGAGAUAGAGAUAGAACCUGGCAUGAGAGACGGCCAGGAAUACCCAUUUGUAGCUGAAGGUGAGCCUCAUAUAGACGGAGAACCUGGAGAUUUAAGGUUUAUCAUCAAACAGGCAAAACAUCCAAAGUUUGAGAGGCGAGGUGAUGAUUUAUACACAAAUGUAACAAUUUCCUUACAAGAUGCUUUAGGAGGAUUUGAAAUGGACAUCACACAUUUAGAUAAUCACAAGGUACAUGUGGUUCGUGACAAAAUCACGUGGCCUGGAGCAAGAAUGAGGAAGGCUGGAGAAGGAAUGCCUAACUAUGAGAACAACAAUGUCAAGGGCGCCCUCUUUAUUACAUUUGAUAUUGAAUUCCCAAAGGGCACCAUAAGUGAUGAGGAUAAAGAAGCUUUGGCGAAGAUUUUGAAGCAGGACCACAAAACCAGGGUGUAUAAUGGUCUACAAGGCUACUAAAAUUAACUAAGGGAUUUAUAGUGUAUAUUUUAUUUCACAUGUUGUUAUAUGUACAGUUUAUUGUUUACUCUCAGAAUGUAUGAAUGUGUGUAUGUGGUCAAACAUGUUAAGGGAUCAGUACUUUAUGGAUGUCUUUAGAUUUGUAUGUUGUCCAUUGUUGUGCAAAUGUUAUGUAGUUGUUUACGAAGAAACAGGAUUCAGUGUCCAACUUAAAUCACAUAUUACAGACCUUGCUUUAAGGGGACACAGAAUUGGAGCUGAUGGGCUGGCUGUGCAGAUAGGAUUUUGAGGGUUGAAGACUAGAGCCUUAGCAGUUAAGCCUGAUACAUGUAUUGACUUUAGUCCGGAUUAAACAUACUAAAGUCCAAUUGGUUUCGUAUUAGAAAAAACACUGGUAUUGAUUUAAGCCUGGCUUAAGUUUCAAUACAUUUCUGAACAACUGGCCCUUGCACUGCACCUAAAAUUCAGCUUAGCCAACCGCCAGCCAAUUAGCUACGAUUUUUUGUCCCUUAUAAGAGGAGAACAGCAUACAUGUACCUGUCAUUGCACAGCACUGUACAGUUACUGUAUGGUUUGGGUAAAAUAGUCUCUUCGCAAAGUGGUUGUAAGCGUGGUUGCAGCUACGGUACAAAUUUAAUGGCUGCACCAGUUGACAGAUACACAUGACUGGGCAUCCAUCACACAGGUCUGCGCACGUUGGAAUUUUCUUCAUUACCAAGAAGUCAAACCUUUGUUUUUGUUUGCUUUAAAGGGUACAUGAAAAGGAACUCAAAUUCAGCAAUUAUGGUUUUUUACGGGAAAUGAAAACGAAAUAUUUGAGGUAUAUCUUUUAUUGCUUAAUUACACCUGUAUUCUAUCCUUGUUUCUCAUCAAUACUUGAUAUUUUGGAGGUGAAGUCAACGAUGAAUUUGCUGCCAACACGAUUCAAACUUAGCACCAUUUGGACCAUUUCACCCCACAAAGUUGUAUUGACAGAUAUCACAACGUCACAACUGCAGGCUACUUAAUUUCCAGACCGACCACUGUGGCCUUUAUAGGAAAACUGUAGAUUAUAGCAAUUUUUGUUCCUCAAGAGGAAAGCCGAGAAGCUGUUUUGUACUUUUAUAUAUUAGAACGCAUCCUGUAAAACAUAAUAUUCAGAAAUGAAAGAUGUUUCAUGUAUCCUGUAAUAUUCACAGUACCCUCAAAAGCCAAGAUCUGGGGGGUUUUUUGGCAUUUUGAUGACUAAGCAAAAUUCCACAUGUUGUGGCUGUGUGUUAGAAUCCACAGCUGAUGAUAUUAUGGUUCACAAGGGAACUUCUGUUCUCAGACUUGAAAGACAGUUAUGUUGACCAAAGUUACGGUAUACAACCAGGAUACUUAGUGUGAAAGUUGACCAGGAUAAUAUAGGUGUAGUUGAUGCUCUAAUCAAAACCACUCAGCAUGUGUUCACCUGUUAAGAAGAUCUCCACUUUAUUAUGGUACACUCUUUGUCAUGAUAGUUGUUGUUCUCAGAAAAAAGAAAUUGUCAGUGUAGUUAAUGUGUCACAUUUUAUCAUUGUUUUUUUCUUCUCUUUUCUGGGGUCAAAAUAUAAGCUGGAGAUAUCUUGAUUGCUUGUGUGAAAACUGUCGACCAUUUGCAUCCUUUCGUCCUGCGGUGCUAUACCAGGUAUAACCACUAUGUAUCUAAUUCCAGAUGGUGAGGCAAAAUGCCUCUAUUUCAAGUGUAUUUUGAGAACUCAUUUUAGCGAAAACCUAGAUUUCUUGGUUUAAAAGUCAUCCUGCCUGUUCUCGCAACUGAACUAUGCGCUGAGCAUCUACUAUCUGAACUGUAUCCGAGACCGCGCACAUCCGGGCACCUCACUGGCAAAAGGCACUGGCAACCGGGUGAUGAAGUGAAAGGUAAUAUUGGAAGGUUUAGAGAUUGAAUAACACGGGGCGAUAUUCUAAAAAAAAACAGCGGCUGAUAAUAACCGGAAAUGAUGUUAUGUUGGACAACGGAACAGUCUGCUUAGUAUUUGCGAAAUGUAACCGUCAACAAAACCUAGUUUUGAACUUACCACUAAUUGGUUGUUCAUGAAACGUUAACGUUUUACUACAUAAAAAGCUUAACGAUUUUGAGAAAGCUGUUUUAUAAUCAUGGUUCGGAAUUGCAUAUGUAUCCAAUUCAUUCAUAUCAUACGAUUUCCUACGUGGGAUUGAAUCAGACCCAAUUCAGUUUGUUGAGGAUCGUAUUGUAUCGGGUUGGCAAAGUAACUUUCGUGGAACGUGUGUAUCUACCCCGCAUGACACUACGUGAAGCGGUUGAAAAGUACAUGUAAGGGUAGUGUUGAUAAACGUCCACAUCAUUAUCAUGCAACGAAAUAUUAGGCCAUUGUUUGGCACGUUUUGAAUAUUCUUGAGGACCGGUACCACUUAAAACACCAACCAAAUAAAUACAUUUAACAUGUUCUGCGUGCCACAGCGUGUGUUAAUCUGGAUGUCUGUUUGGGAGCACGUGUUACUACAGAUUGUUUCCGCCAUAUUUGUGCUUUCUUCUCAGCUAUUUUUGCAAACCUUGUAUCGUUUUGGAAGAAGACGCACCAUUUCAAAUAGGAGGGUACACGCUGUUCAAAGUGAUUGACUUAUUUUUUUGCUCAAAUGUCCAUAUUAGAAUGAUAAUUUUUAGGCAUGUGAUAAGCCCUGUAGUUUAUUAAGUGAUUUCGAAAGUAUUUCCGUCUCAAAAUAACUAUGAUAUGUUCCAAGGCAUUCAUCAAGCAGGUUUACUGUUAGUAAGGUUAAAGGAAUACAGAAUCGUGACUAAUAAGGUGUUGUGAGAGAUGAGUUUAUAGGCUACACUUAGCAUAAGAUGAAUUUAAGGUAUGGCAGAUUUAUUCUGGUGUGACCAAGGCUGCAGGGUUUAACCCAAAAAACCCUAUAUCCACUGUCAACCUAUUAGUGUCGAUUCU